CCGAUUUUUAUCCUAAGUUCGUUCCUGUGGAAUCACAAAACUACAUAUGCACAGCACAGAGAAGGGAAAGAAAAAAGGGCACAUUUAAGAGACACCUAUCUACCCAUUCUGCAUCACAUCCUCUUUUCCUAGCUUUCCAACCUUGCAACCAAAGCAAACAUGUUUCCUCAUUAAGGGUAGGAAAGAAAGUGGUUGUGUGAAUUGGGAUGAGAGAGACAGAGAGAGAGAAGAAAAAUCAAAGUAUAUAUAUAAAUAGUAAGUAUAGUUUAUAUCAUGCAAAGUUUGGUGGUUUCGUCCAAAAAAAAAAAAAAAAAAGUUUUGAUGGUUAAUUCUAGUAAUAAUGUUCUUAUAAUAUAUAUAUAUAUAUAUAUAUAGAUAUCAAACUGUACUACCAUACUCUUCCUAUAUAUACACUUGGUCUUCAGCUACCUCUCUCUCUCUCUCUCUCUCUCUCUCUCUCUCUCUGUGCCCUGCAUUUAUACAGAGCCAAUUAUUCCAUCUUCACUAUACAUUUUCCUCAUCUUCCCAUUCAUAUUUUAUGGCUCUCUUGCUCUUCCUCCUAAUUCUUUUGGUCCCUGCAAGCAAUGCUAAUUGGCCACCAUCACCUGGCUACUGGCCAAGUUCUAAAUUCAGGUCUAUGAGCUUUUAUAAAGGGUUUAGAACUCUCUGGGGUCCUCAGCAUCAAAGCUUAGACCAACAUGCAUUAACAAUCUGGCUUGACAGGACCUCAGGUAGUGGGUUCAAGUCAGUUCGUCCAUUUAGAUCCGGCUACUUUGGUACCUCCAUUAAACUUCAAACUGGUUACACAGCAGGAGUUAUAACAGCUUUCUAUCUUUCAAACAGUGAAGCUCAUCCGGGGUACCAUGACGAAGUCGACAUUGAGUUUCUGGGAACUACAUUUGGGAAGCCUUACACUUUACAAACAAAUGUUUACAUCAGAGGAAGUGGGGAUGGAAAAAUCAUUGGCAGAGAGAUGAAGUUUCAUUUGUGGUUUGAUCCCACUAAGGCUUUUCAUCACUAUGCUAUAUUGUGGAGCCCAAAGGAGAUCAUAUUUUUGGUGGAUGAUGUGCCCAUAAGGAGGUAUCCUAGGAAAAGUGUAGCAACCUUUCCCUUGAGGCCAAUGUGGGUGUAUGGCUCAAUAUGGGAUGCCUCAUCUUGGGCAACUGAAGAUGGGAAAUACAAAGCAGAUUACAGAUAUCAACCAUUUGUUGCAAAGUAUACCAAUUUCAAAGCCGGCGGUUGCAGCGCCUAUUCUCCCGCCUGGUGCCGCCCGGUAUCUGCCUCCCCGUUCCGGUCGGGCGGGCUGACGCAACAGCAGUACAGGGUCAUGAGGUGGGUUCAAACCAACCAUUUGGUAUAUGACUAUUGCAAGGACUACAAGAGGGACCAUUCUCUAACACCUGAGUGUUGGCGCUAAAAGUGAAAGUGUCAUGCCAUAUGCUUCAUAUUGGAAGUUCCCCUCAAUUUUCACUUCAUUUAAGUGCUUUUUAAUGAUGGUUUUUUGUUUAAAAAGGAAAAAGCUUGUGUGUGAGAUUGCCACGAGAUGGGUCAUUACUUUGCCAAAAACAGAAUGCAAGGAAAUAUGAACAUCCAAGGCUCCAAAAGAAGAAAGAAAAUUUGUGUGCUCCAUUUUUGUUAUGCAACAUUUGGUGUACAUUGUAAGUUUUCCAUUUUUGUUUGAUGGUGCAUUUGGUGUAUAUUGGCAAUUUACAAAAAAGAAGAAGGAAAAGGCCAUGGAUUCAUGGCCCUGUGUGAUGAAUCCAAAGAAUGGAGGACAUGGGUUUUGAGCAAGUGUAUGUGUGCAGCCAAGCACUUGUCAUUCUUCAAUAAUGCAAAAUAAUUUCUUUCUGUUGAUCUGUA